AUGUCUAGUCAUGCUAUCCAACACACUUCCUCAAAAGGCAAAAACAGAAGACUAUCCAAGAACAAGAAUAUGAGUGUAGCCCGAAAUGUCAGCAGAUCAACUUCAAACACUUGGAAUCAAUUUUCUACUAUUAGAUUUAAUACUGGGUUUCCACUUUAUUGCCAGCAAUUUCGUUCCAUGUUGGUAAAAAGGGUACUAUUCAGUUGGCGCAACUGGAAGUUGAUGUUGCUACAAUUAUUGGUAAUUGUGUUUUUCGCAACAUACCUCUUAAAAAUUGUGGAUUUAACUGAAGAGCUAUCUCCCAGAAAAAUGGAUUUGAGUCAAUACGGUCGAACCAUUGUGCCUUACUCGAUUUCAGGAAAUUCGCCCAUGGCUCUGAAUAUCAUAAAGAACCUUGAGACUUUUCUAAAGUUUAAUAAUCAAGAACUUCGGGAGGUGCAAGGUAAUGUCACGAAUUACGUAUUGGAAAGUAAAGAAUGUCAUAACUUCUGCAUCGUUGCAUUUUCCAUAAAGGCUGAGCAAGACAAAAUCAUUUUUACUAUUUUGUUCAAUAAUGAUGCAUACCAUUCAGCUGCAACAUCCCUGGCAGUUUUAGACAACAUUCUCUUCAUGUCACUUAUUGGGCCCAAUGCUUCAAUCACUGUCUCCAACAAGCCUCAACCGCUCCCGCUGUAUGGUUCUAACGUAGUGCCUACAAAUGGAAUACAAAUAGCACUAUGUUUGUCUUUUAGCAUGGCUGUUGUGGCCAGUAGCUUUUGUCUUCAGACAAUGACUGAGAAAAUCUCUAAAGCAAAGCACAUCCAGUUUGUGAGUGGAGUCUACAUUCUGACUUACUGGCUCUCUGCUUUGCUAUGGGAUCUUAUCUGCUUCUCCAUUCCCUGCUGCUUACUGUUGGGAGUGUUCACAUACCGCAAAGUGGAUGCCUUUGUCCUGGAUUACCACUUCCUGGACACAAUGAUGAUAUUUAUGCUGUACGGCUGGUGUGUUGUUCCGCUCAUGUACCUCGGGAGCUUCCUGUUCUCCAGCGUUGCUGUUGCCUACAUCAAGCUCACCCUAUUUAAUUACUUGUCAACGGUUGUCAGUAUCAGCAUUCACACCAUAGUACAACACUAUGGUAAGGACUUGCCACCGUUUGCUCAAACCAUGAUAUCUAAUUCAUUAAUGGUACUUCCUAGCUACAACUUUGCAAUGUGUAUCAGCAAAUUCUUUGAUAAUUAUGAGAUAAAAAAACAAUGUUCCAAGAAAUUCCAAAUUGUCUACCUGGACUGCAGAAAUGUAUUUACUGAAAAGAAUGUCUAUAGCUUUGAAGAACAUGGUAUUGCAAAGUUUUUGAUUGCAUUGGCCAUCAUGGGCUUAUUUUUUCUCCUCUUGAUUUUAUGUCUGGAGUUUUCAUUCUGGAACCUGAAAAUCUUUCUCUUAAAUAAAAUUAUUCCUAAUGUCUUCCAGAUAUUCAUGAGAGUUAACAAGGUGAACACAGGUAGGAAUGACAUCAUGUCCAGCACUGUAAUUGAGGAAUCUGAGGAUGAAGAUGUCGAAAAUGAAAGGAAGAAAGUUCUGGCAGUGUCUCAUACAUUGCAAAAUACUCCACUGUUUCUUAAAGAACUUACAAAGAUUUAUUACAAGUGUCCGGUCAUAACGGCUGUGAGAAAUAUUUCACUUGUAGUCAAAAAGUCUGAGUGCUUUGGAUUACUUGGAUUACAAGAAGUUGGAAAAACUGCUACCAUUAAAAUGUUGACUGGCGAGGAGCCCAUCAGCUCUGGAGUUGUGUUCAUUGAUGGCAUUAACAUAACUGAAAAUAUCAGAGAGAUUAGGUCAAGAAUUGGCUAUUGUCCUCAGUCCGACCCCUUAUUGAACUACAUGACAGGUCGGGAAUUGCUACUCAUGUAUGCCAGGCUGUGGGGGGUCCCUGAACCAGACAUUUAUGCGUAUGUUGAAGACUUUUUGUAUUCGAUGCACCUGGAGACCCAUGCUGACAACUUUAUCCACACAUAUAGUAAAGGAAGCAAACGUAGACUGAGUACCGCUGUUGCCCUCAUGGGAAGACCUUCAGUUAUCUUCCUGGAUGAGCCAUCUACUGGCAUGGAUCCAGCGACCCAACACCUUCUGAGGGACACAAUUACACAGAUUUGUAAAACUGGCAAAGCUAUCAUUAUCACAUCCCACAGCACGGAAGAAUGUGAGGCCCUCUGUACCAGGCUAGCCAUCAUGGUAAAAGGGAGGUUCAUGUGCCUAGGCAGUCCUCAGCACCUCAAGAAAAAAUUUGGUAAUGUAUAUACCCUGAAAGCCAAAGUUGAUGUGAAGAAGGACGAAAAUAAACUUAAGGAUUUCAAGGAAUUUAUUGCAACAACUUUUCCAGGUAAUAUAAAAUUUCAAAGAUUCCAUGGAAUUAUUGACUGUUUCAUCCCCAGCAAUGAAAUUAGCUGGGGAAAGGUGUUUCAUAUUUUGGAGGAUGCUAAGUUGCUAUUCAAUUUAGAAGACUAUUCGGUCAGUCAGAUAACACUGGAACAAAUCUUCCUCACCUUAGCGAACAUCGACAAGAUGGAAACCGAUGAGAAAACCUAG